AUGACUCCAACUUCAACCACUGGUCGAGGUCAGUUGUGCAACACUGUCGCCGUCUCGUUCAUGAAGAUCGCCAACGAUAUCCGUUUGCUCGGAUCCGGUCCAAGUUGUGGAUUGGGUGAGUUGUUACUCCCAGAGAACGAGCUAGGUAGCUCCAUCAUGUCAGGUAAGGUCAACCCAACUCAAUUCGAAUAA